CUCCAAUCCCCCUCACUGCCAAACAAACACCCCCUCUUCUCAGGUUCAUACCUCACAUUGAUUCAAAAUGGGCCAAAUAGAAGAGCUCCCCGACGACUACGAUGAGUCGCUCGAAGUCAACAAGCAGCCACAACCCCCCGCGACCGAAUCCAAAGAUGAAUUCACCCCACCUCCCCCGGAGGAGCUCCCCAUUCCCAUCAAGGAAGAGCGCCUCAAAGACCUGAAUGCGGGCGCGGACCCCAUGGCGCCUCAAAUGCCGCCUGCCAUGGAGGCUGUGAGCACCCACACGACAGAUGAGCUGGCGGAGAUUCUGAACCGCACACCGUUGUUCAUGACGGAUAUCAACAAGGCGUAUGAUGAGAAGGGCGAAAACCCCAUGCUUGAUGCGAUCCGCGCCCUCCAGAACGAAGGUACCCGCGGCGAUGUCGCGCAGAACUUCCGUGAACAAGGAAACGAAGCUGCUCGGGAGAAGCGCUGGGUUGAUGCGAAGGAGCAUUACUCGAAGGGUAUUGCCGUCUUGCUGGCCAAGGAGGAUAAGUGGGAUAAGCCUGAGGAUGAGAAGGAGGAGGCCCGGUUGCGGAGGGAGGCCGAGGAGGCGUGCUAUAUCAAUCGCGCGCUGUGCCAUUUGGAAUUGAAAAACUACCGAUCUACGACCCUCGACUGCGCAGCCGUGCUGAAGCUGAACCCCAAGAACGUGAAAGCAUACUAUCGGUCCGCCAUGGCGCUGUUCUCGCUAGACAAGAUUAUCGAGGCGGAGGAUGUGGCGACCCGGGGAUUGAAGCUGGAUCCGGGCAACAAGGCUCUUCAAAUGGUUGCUGGAAAGAUCGGCGAGCGCAAGGCUGUGAUUGAGCGUAUCGCGGCUAGAAAGAAGGCCGAGGAUGAGCGCACACGCAAGGAGAAGACGCUGCUUAGCGUUGCGCUGAAGGCGCGCCAGAUCCGUACGCGCAAGACGGAUCAGCCUCCUGAGAUGGAGGACGUGGGCAUCAAACUUUCGCCCGAUCCGCUGUCGCCCGAGAGUACGCUUGAGUUCCCGGCUGUGUUCCUGUACCAUAUGGAUGCGCAGACGGAUUUCAUCAAGGCAUUCUCCGAAAUGCAUUCGAUCGAGGAUCAUCUCGACUAUAUGUUCCCGUUGCCGUGGGAUGAGAAGGGUGAGUACAAGAUCAAUACGGUGGAGUGCUUCAUGGAGACGGUUACCGGAGGUUUGAUCCGCGCUGGCAAGAAGGUGCCAUUGGUACAGAUCCUUAGUGGAGGAAAGGUUGAGGUUGUGGAUGAGUUGGUGAAGAUUUACAUCGUGCCAACCAGCAAGAGCGCCAAAUUUAUUGCUGAGAUGAAGGCGCGCAAGGAGGCUUGAGACCAGCCGGUUGUCUGAGUCUAUUGCAGAUGUUGAAAGCCGCUGCGUGGCGCCAGAGGCCACUUGAAUGGACAGCAUGUCUAUUCACCUGUGUUGCGGUCACUCCCGCGACAUUCUCAAGUCGAGCCCAAAGUUGAGCAUAUAUGCUGCCUGGACCGGCUCUUCUACUAUAUACCCAUUGAGGUUUUGCGGCUGAUAGCCUUUGUAUAUAACGUCUUAUGAUGACGCCUAGACUUUGAACGAACUUUUCUACAAUGGGCGUAUUAUAUAAAUAUUAUCCAUAAAUAUAUCAAUAGAUGUUAAGAAUUCAU